AUGGCUGCUCCGACUGCCGUCCAGAACCCCUCCACCGAGUCCAAAGCCGCGCGAAAGAAGAAGUCUAAGGGCGAGCGGACUGAGUCGCCGGCGCCUGCUGCUACGCUGACUCCCGAGAAGGCUGCCUCCGUGGCCGCUGGCGAAGGUGCUCAGGACGAGUCUUCGGACAGCCCGUACAUUCGCGAGCUGCAGAAGAACAUCCGUAACAUCAACAAAAAGAUCACCAAUUCCUCCAAAAUCGAGAAUCUCGUUUCCACCAACAAGGACAAGUCUCUCGACGAGCUUGUCAAGUCCAAGAUCAUUAAUGCCGAUCAGAAAGCCGCCUACCUCAACAUCCCCACCUUACAGCGCCAGAUCACACAACUAGAGGAGCAGUUGACCCAGUUCAAGAAGCUUGACCAGGACUACCGAUCACGACUAGCUUCAGAGAAGGCCGAGCUGGAGAAGACUCUAACCGAGAAGCUCCAGAAGGAGAAGGCGGACGCCGUUGCCGAGAUCAAGGAGAAAGCUGAGGCAGAUACCAAGAAGGGUCUACACGAUGGCUUCCUGGUGCUGUCACAGUUCCUGCGCCUAGCUGCUGCUAAGCGUGCCGAGGAGCCCAACUCAGAGGCGGAUGAGAAUCUCGCUCUCGAGGGUGUCCUGCUACAUGUCUACUCUGGUGACGAGAACGCAGUUGACACCAUGCUGAAGCUCGUUGACGGCUCUGAGGACACUACCACAAGCGUGUCCGGCACCUCUCUCCAGACGACCUAUGCCAAUGUCAAGUCCCUAGCAGUCGCCCACGCCGCCCCUCUCUUCCAGACCGAAGCUACUCCUCAACAGACCGAAACCCCUGUUGAGUCCACCGAGCUUCCUCAGACCGACCCUACGGUCGCACACGCUGGCCUGACUGAAAUCGAGGCAGCUGUCGACACACCUUUUACUAACGGACACGCCGAGUCCCCGAUCAAUGGCGUGACAGCCAAUGCUGAUGUUGGCGACAGCGCAGCUAACCUGGCAGGCGAGACUCAGUGGGACACUGGUAAUGACUUGUCGAUGUCACAGGAGUGGGUGGACGUGAAGGUGCCUCGCGAUCCUGCUGAGACAGAAACUGGUCUCAAUGCCACCCCAGCGGCGGUCAGCAACACCCAGUCAUGGGCCGAUGACCAGCCGGAUGUCCCCGCGGAGGCUCCAGUCCCAGCCGACCCCAACGACGGGUUCCAUCAGGUGCAGGGCCGCCACCGUGGCCGUGGGGAUCGUGAAGGAGGCUACCGAGGCCGUGGUGGCCAUCGUGGACGCGGAGGAUUCCGUGGUGAUGGCCGAGGACGCGGACGUGGUGGUGGCCACCGAGGCGGAGUGCCCUACCGCGGUCGUCGUGAGGACUCCAACCAAUAA